GCGCUGGAUUCCUCGGUAUCUGGCUUCAUCGUUGGAAGGCUGUUGACCUGUUUUCCCAAAAGGAAUCUCUGAUCCCAAAGACUUUAUUCCUUCAGCUGGCUCCUUGUCUGACCAAUCAGCUGGCUUUUGGAAUACCACUGUGACAUCACUAAAACGUGAUCAACAAAGGAUUGCAAAUGGUGUGUGGGGGAGCUCAGAAAACGCGCAGGUGUACUUGAUGACUCCAUCUUUGUAUUUUGGAUCAUAUGGCGUCAGCUACUCCUUCACCUCUUGCCAGUUCUGUUGAGAAGACAAAUGGAGCCAAGCUCAGCCGACUUCUCAUCGAUGGUGGAACAACAGUUCUCAGGAACGUUUUCAAUGGAUAUCAUCCCCCAGCAAGUCUUUCAGCCGCGUUGAAUGCAAACUAUUCAACUCUGAAUACUCUCUUAAAGAAACGAAUUUUACACAGAUCACAAUGGGAUCUAUUGUUUCCUCCAAGCGGUGCUCCUCCAGACUCCCAGACAUUUGAUAUCACUCUUUUAUUCCUUCUCUUAACCAACAUUUGUGGUCUCUUCCCACCCCACUCAGGGUGGCACACCAAACCACUUUUAAGUGACAACUCCCUUGAAGCAAAUCUUGCUCGCAUAAAGUUUUACCGCAAUGAAUUGUAUGGCCAUGUUACCACAACUGGUAUUGCUGGUCCAACUUUCUCAACUCUGUGGCAGGAGAUAAGUGCUGUUCUUGUUGCUCUUGGCUUGCGGCGGACAGAAAUUGAUAGAUUGAAGGCUGAGCAUUGUGGAGAGCAAGAGUUCUUAGAUGCGUUGCUUGAGUGGGCUGAUUCUGAGGAAGAUAUAAAAUCACAGCUGAAGGACAUACGGGAUAUUGAGACCCAAGUGCUGCAAACUGUUGAUGAAGUACGGCAGAUUCAGUCAUUUGAUCACGAAACUAUUCGUGAAAGUAAAGCAAAGCUGGUAGAAGUUCAUCAAUUGCAAAAGAACUUGCAAGAAUCUGUCAGUAUUGUGCAUCAGAAUCGACUUCAAGACAGUAAAGCCAUUCAAGAUACCAAGUUAACAGUUGAAAAAGUCUGCGAGAAGCUUCAAACUUUGGAGGAGGCAUCCCAGCACACCAUUCAAAAUUUGAAUGACGAGAAUGAGAGCAUCAGGGAUGACAAAGUUCUUGCGAAACUAGCAAAGGUGGACAAUUUAGCUGAAAUAAGACGCCAUGCAAGCAGAUAUGUUGAGGGAACUCGUUUAUCGAUUCUUAAAGAAGUCGAGAGCUGGUUAGCUAACAAAAGUUCUCCAAAUAGAGUGAUUAUUAUUAGCGGGAAUGCUGGAAUGGGAAAGUCUGUAAUCUCAGCUGUCUUGUGCCAAAAGAUGUUAGAGGCUGGACGAUUGUCAGGGAGCCACUUCUGUCGGCAUAACAUGGCACGCCGAAGGAAUCGCAAAGUGAUGCUGCAGUCGUUGGCCUGUCAGCUCUCCGAAUCGCUGCCAGAGUACAGGAAGGCUCUCGUGAAGAAGUUGUCGAGAAAUGUGGGCGUUGAAAUUGGAGACAUGGAAGUGGAAGAACUGUUUGAAUUCUUGUUUAACGAACCUCUUUCAGAUUUGAAAGACCCAGGCUCUAUCCAUCUCAUGGUUAUAGAUGGCUUAGACGAAAGUGAAUACCAGGGACGUAAUGAGCUUUUAAAUGUGAUUGCGGAUUACUUCAAGACGCUUCCGUGUUGGAUACGAUUUGUGGUAACAACGCGACCUGAAAUGAACAUCUUAGAGAAGAUUCAAGACUUAAAUCCCAUACAGCUGAACCCAAACGAUCAAGAAAACUUGAUGGACGUUAGGCUUUGCUUUCAAGAGCAACUGGAACAUGUUCUGCAAUCUGAUUGCCAAGAUACCAUCUUAGAGAAGCUUGUUGAAAAGUCAGAAGGAGUCAUGUUAUAUACCUAUUACCUGACAGAGUUCAUUAAGAAGAAUGCUGUACGUAUGAAUGCUGCUGAAGUGAUCAACAGCGACUUGCCAUCAGGUAUUUCGUCCGUUUAUCAAGACUACUUCAAACGCCUGAAAAAGGAAAUGCAGAAAGAACUAGGUAUCACCGAAGAGCAAUUCUUUGAUUUUUUAAAUGCCAUGGUGGCAGCAAGAGAACCAUUACCUGUCGAGUUUGUCUACAAGUUGUUCCUUUCAAAAGAAUGGUCAUCGGCUGAUGAGCAAAAAGUACGAGACGCAGUUGAUUGUAUCUCGGCUCUUCUACCCAUUGAGGGCGAGUGCAUUGACUUCUUUCACAAGUCAGUCAAGGACUGGUUGGUCGAGGAGUCUACUUCGAGGCAAAAGAAGUUUAUUGUUAGCAGAAAAGAAUGUCAUCGCGUCAUUGCAAAACUUUGCAGAGAUGAACUAGAUGAAUUGAAACUUAAAGGGAUCCAGAGUUCAACACUGAAACAGACGUCGAGGUAUGCCUUGCAGCAUGGUGUUCAGCAUAUACUUGAGGUAGAAGAGAAUGCUCGUCCAUGUAGCCUGGACGACAUUGUAAAGAAUUAUGUUUUGGACCUAGAAUUGGUCUAUGCAAAGCUAACUGUGAAGAGUACAGCAGCCACUGAAGAUGUUCUUUGCGUACAAGAGAAGGAAAAUACAAAUGGUUUGUCAAAGAAUUGCAGAGAAGCCCUGGAGACGUUAUUGUUGCUGUUGCGGAAGCAUUUAAGUACUCUUUCAAAACUUCCUCAUGCCAUCUUUCAAAUCUUGUUGAAUGAAGGAGGACGUGAACUGUCUGCGGAGGCAUUAAGCUUGCUAAACACCAAGUAUGCGGACUUACCAUACAUGGAAUAUUUGCGAAAGAAGGAGGAAAGAACAGAUGUUCUACUGCGGUUUUUUGCCUCAGAUAAUGUGAUCUGCUUUGAUGUCUCACCAAAUCAGGACUACCUGGUAUGCGAGUGUUCGAAUGACACAAUUCAUCUGUGGUCGCUCCGUACUGGCCAGCUAAUGUGGACACGUUCUACGCUGGUAUCAAACAAUGAUUUUCAGGAGCACCUAGGGAUUGCAUGGGAUUUCCUUUCCCCAUUUCACCGGUCAGUAGUUUUCCAUCCAACCUUAGACCUGAUCUUACAAGGGACUCUGUGUCAGGGUUAUACCUUGGUCGGAGACGUGAAACCUCUUUUCCGUUCGAGCGAGUGCCGAUUCUUAGUUUGUUCAAUAUCUGGCGACAAAAGCACGAUGCUGACUGACUGUCUGGACGGGAAUUGCGUCAUCCAGUGGAGUCUAAAAGAUGGAAGUGAAAUUAGUCGUUUUACACACGAAUGCGAAAUUGUAUCUUUUGCUUGGUCUGCUAGUGGAAGACGGAUGGUGAUCGUCGAUUCUGACAAGUGCGUAUACCUCAUUGACAUGAAUGAUGGAUUUGAGACUCUAAUAUGUGCUUCAGCUUCACGAUAUGUUAAGUUAACUCCUGACUGCCGGUUUUUUUUCUGUUUGGUUUCGGAUGACGAUGAACACGUUUGGUGUCUGGUGCCCAAGCUUUUUUGUUUAGAUAUUGACAGGAACACUAAGUCAAUAUAUAGUUUGGAUUGCUUUUUUACGACGAGGUCCUACCAGUACGCCUCAGAGUUUGAAACUUGCAAUGAGAGUGGUUUCUUAUCAGGAGAUCCCUUUUGGUGUUCAUCUAUAAGAUCAUUCCUUUCUGUGGAUUUUGCACUUGUACUAAAAAAGCAGAUGUUACUAAGAGUUUCCCCUUACAGUAAAGUGAUUGAAAUGUGUCGCCUUAAUGACGUAAGGGAGUGGAGAGGUGAGAGUAGCGAUGAAGCGGGACUAAGCAUAGAACCCGUUGACAUUACGACAGAGAGAGCCGAAAAUAACGAUCUAACGGAACAUAACCUACUAGAAAUCAACGAUAUGCUGGAACAGAAAGCUGGAUUCGAUGUUCUGUCAGGACAGAGAGCUGAAGUUGCUGAUCCAUCAGAACAGAGAGCUGAACUCGGUGGCCAAGUUGAACAGACAAUGGAACGUAACAACUCUACGGAAAAGAGAGAUGAACUUGAUGACUUUGUGGGAGAACGAACGGCAUUUAAUGACCCACCAGAAAAGAGGCUCAAACUCGAUGAACUGUCAGGACGAUUGGAAAUUGAUUUAUGCAGCUUAUCAGAGAAUGGAGCUGAUUCUUAUUCUAACGGGGAUGAUCAGGAACAACAGGAACCCCUACUUGAGGACAUAGAGGGAAACGGUUUUGUUGAAGAUGAUUACUUUAAACCAGCAGUUGACGUUUAUUUCUCUGUUGAUGGUGACUAUCUUUAUACUGUGAAAGGUACAAGGAUCCAGCGAAUAAAUCUUGUGACUGGCGAUGUUUUAAGUAAAAGGAUUAGAAAAAAGGGAUUUAUGAAUCUUGUGCCCGUCAAAAGAGGUGUCCUAUUUCAAAUAAAAUUUGAAACGCUUGAGUUGUGGAACUCUGAGUUGUCUGUUUGCAUGCAAAGGUGGACUGGCUUUUUCUUGGUUGUUGUACCCUUAUCAGAGAAACGAGUCGCCUUGUAUACAAUUAAGGAUCUCCGACAGGAAGUCAUCACUCUAGAUACAACAAGUGAAAAAAUUGUGUCAACAAUUGCAAGUUUUGAUGGUAUGUUUUUGGCAUGUAAUAAUAAAUAUGAAGUGCUAACGGCCACUGAUGCAAAGUUUCUGCAGCUGUGGCGUAAAAACCAAGUGCUAUGGAAAAGUUCUAUUCAGGUAGAUCUACAAAGCUGUUACAAAAAUGUUUUAUUUUCUCCUACUGAAGAAUACAUCGUCACUUAUGCUAUAACUGGCUCUUACGUCCUCGACGCAGUUUCGGGAAAAGUGAUUCGUCAAUUGGAGAACAUGGUUGUAGAUAACAUUAAGUUUAUCAGUAACGAGGACUGCAUUGUGGGCUUGAAUGAUCCAAGAGGUUUGUGUCUUCGAUUAUACAACGUUAUAUCUGGUGAUCUUCUUAGUGAAAUUGUAGAGGAACGACGAAUUCCAAGUUAUGCAGUUUGUCCUUGUAAGCGCUUGGUCGCAAUUGGCUUUGGAAACCUCAGGGACUAUUUUGAAAUCAUUCAAGUGAAGCUGCCAGGCGACAAAGAAAAGACGAAAAUCAAAAGGUUGAACCUUCCAAAGUAAGACAUCUACAGAGAUUUACAGUUUCGUUGCAGAAUGGGAAAGACAUUGUCUGAAAGGCUGUAUUCUUCUAGUCCCGACAUCUGAACAGGAGAGACCGCUGAUCGAGAUUGAAGCGAGUAAAAGAAUGAUCUUAGUGACAAAGCUGUUCAAGGUUUUAAAUGAUUUUUUUUUGUUGGGAGAGACUUCAUAAACAUUUUUAACUGUUCUUAGCGUAAACUUGAGACAAACAUUUAACCCUGUAACUCCCAUGAGUGACCAAGACGGAAUUUCUCCUUACAAAAUCAAUAGAAUAUCAACCAGAUAAGUAAUGAGAAUAAAGAAAAAUCUCAAUUUGGGGAUGAGUUAAUCCAACACUAAAUUCUCUGAGCUAAUUUUAUAAGAAUUGUAAGGUUGACGGUAAGGAGAAUUAUAAAUUGGAUCUGGGAGUUAAAGGGUUAACUAUAUAUUUUAUUUCUCCUCUGGUGUUUAAUCACCCAGCUACAAGCUGAGAAAUUGUUUUAUGGAAGCGGAGUGUAGUAAGCAUUUAGUUUAGUGUUGAUUUGCAACUCGUUUAACUCGUGAGAUUUCUCAAGGAAAACGAAAAAGGUAUUGACAAAAUGUACAGUUCUCAGAAAGGCCUUAACUUCCUUUUCUGCAAAAGUACUUGUACAGCUUUAGAUUGUUAGAGAAGAAGAGAGAAAGAGCUUGUGGUACCACUGGUGAUUCUCUCGUAUUUUUCGUGUGAAAGAGGCACUUUCAACUGUGUGUAAAUAAGAAACCAGCUAAAUUUAAAUCAAUUUUAUGUGUACAUAGCUUAUACCGGUCUAGUUGAAGAUGGAACCAGAAUGACCGCGAGGCAAUCAUUUUUCAACAUUAUUUCCAGGAAAAAAGAAGGAUAUUCAAUGCAGUGAUUCUGGAUACAAAUUAGUUUGCGUUGUUUUUGAAAUUUGAAGACAUUACUUAGUUUUUGAAAAUACUUUCUUUUAUCGGGAAUGGGGGCUGUAGUCACUCAAAGUGAAGUAGUUUUAGAAUAAAAUCAAAACGGAGAAGA